UAUCCAACGUGUUAUUCCUCUACAUUAGUUUAAAGAAAGAUAGAUAAGGGAAGUGAAGGGGAAUGACAGAAGGAAAUAUCAAAGACAAGAAAACAGUGCUUAUUUUCUCUUCUCAGUGAUCAAAGACGUAUAACAAGCAAAUUCACAGCUGUUUCUUUCUCUAUAGUGAACUGUGAGAUGCUAAAGCUUCACAACAGUCACUAUAUAUGCUUUUAACUGGACUGGCUAUACAUGGGAGUUAAUGCUCUUAAUGAAGGAGAAAAAACAUAACAUUUAAGAGUCAUGCCUCUUAUCACUUUAAUCAAAAGAACAUAACCUGUAAUUAACUAACACUAGCCAGGUCGCUAGGAGAUAUGGCGGACAACGUGAGCUCCAGAAUCAUCACCCCAACCAAUAUCUCUCUGAGUCCCAGUGAUGCCGUCUCUGAGUCGUUGGAGUACAAGACAGUGUCAGUGUUCCUGGUUAUGCUGGUGUGUGGUGUGGGCAUCGUGGGAAACAUCAUGGUGGUCAUUGUGGUCCUCACCACACGCCACAUGAGGACACCCACCAACUGUUACCUAGUCAGCCUGGCCAUAGCAGACCUGACGGUACUGGUGGCGGCUGGGCUGCCCAAUGUGUCGGACAGUCUGACAGGCACAUGGAUUUUUGGCCACGCUGGCUGCCUUGGAAUAACCUACCUUCAGUACCUGGGCAUCAACGUGUCCUCCUGCUCCAUCACCGCCUUCACCGUAGAGAGGUACCUAGCUAUCUGCCAUCCAAUGAAGGCUCAGACAGUGUGCACAGUGUCCCGGGCCAAGCGGAUCAUUGCAGUUGUUUGGAUCUUCACCUGUGUCUAUUGCAUGUUGUGGUUUUUCCUGGUGGACAUUCAGGUCAGCCAGGAUGGACAUGUGCAGUGUGGCUACAAAGUGAAACGAGAGCUCUACCUGCCCAUUUACCUCAUCGACUUUGCCAUUUUCUACGUCAUCCCACUGCUCCUCGCCAUUGUACUGUAUGGCUUGAUAGCACGGAUCCUCUAUCUCAGCCCUCUGCCCAACCAUCCUGAGACCAGUGCCACCACGCUGCGUCGGAGCUGCCGGGAAGCCUCUGAAGUGGGGAAGCAGGGUCGCCAGGGCCGGCAAAAGAGCGCGCUCUCCUCCAGGAAACAGGUGACAAAGAUGUUGGCAGUAGUGGUGAUCCUAUUUGCUGUCCUGUGGAUGCCCUACCGGACUUUAGUUUUGAUCAACUCUUUUGUUUCCACACCCUAUCUGGAUGCCUGGUUCCUCCUGUUUUGUCGGACAUGCAUCUAUGCCAACAGCGCUAUAAACCCUGUGAUAUACAAUGCCAUGUCUCAGAAGUUUCGCUCAGCAUUUCGUGGGCUUUACCGCUGCCAGCAGCCUGCGGGAAAUCAGAGGACACUGUCGAUGAUUCAGACCAGCUUCGGUACUGUCCGAGAACCCCGAGCCUCCCAGGCCAAUAGCAAUGGAACCAAUGAAAAGGCAAGGAGAAAUAUGAAUACUGUCACUGUUGUGACUGCAAAGCAGAAUAGAAGUGGUCAUCAGGAGACAGCAACAGUAAAUGGCAAGAAAGCAGACCAUACCAUCGACCUCAGCCCAGCUACUUUCAGCUUUGGUGUGGGUCCAGCUGAGACGACACCAUCUGGUGAUGAGGAGGUUGUUUGGCCUUCAUUAAAUGAUACUACAGAUAAUUUAGCAGAGAGACAUACAACAAACGACCAGCAGGAAAGCAUGCAAAUAUUGUAGGAUAUCUAUGAAUUUGUUAGUGCCACUUAAAUCCAGUAAGAAUUGAAACAACAAACCUAUUCAAUUGAGCUGCUUCCAUCCGGUGACAAAACAGCCACCGGACAGGAUCCGUUAGGUAAAGA